UACACUGAGAUGGCGUCAAACGGCGAUAUUGGAUCGGUUCUAUUGAAACUUCAAGAUUUGAAAACAAGUGAAUAUUUCAGCGAUGAGGCUGGAAUUCAUAUCGAUGCUGUAGUUUCCUGUAUAAAGGAGCUUUAUGACAGCACUGCAAAACUGCGAAGCGAUCACGAAACCGCUACUAUUCAGUCAGGAGUUCUUCGCCACAAACUAGCGGAUAUGAGAAAUGAUGUUCCGUCAGAACUGAAUGAAGCAGUAGAUAACGCAAAUAACUUUAAUAAAAAAGAAACGAUUGAAUUGAAGGAACAAAUAAAAAGUCUUCAGAAUGAAAUAGAAAAAGCCGAAGAGGACGAGAGAAAAGUAAAACUUGAAAAUGAGAGAUUAUUUGUGAGAGCGGACGGAGCAAAUCAGAUGUGGCCGAAAAUGACAAAUAUCGUUGGAAGUGCCUUACGAAGAAAAUCCAUUGCCCAGUUGUAUGUCAACGAUACCAGGUGCAAGACUAUGGAUGUCCAUCGAAGAGCUAUAUCUCUCGGCAAAGAAGCUGAAGAAAUGUGUCAAGAUGUCGAAGAUUACUGGAACUAUUGCUACGUUCAAAUGUCAAAAAUAAAAGCUGAUGCUGACAGAUGGAAACAGAGGAUAGUUGAACAAGAUGAACGUACUGAGGAAGCAAAAUCGCUUUUUGCUAUCGUUGAUCAACAAGUGCGAGAAUCAAAAAUGCGACUAAAUUCACAAGAACAAAUCACCAACAAUCUGAACGAGAAAGCAGAACUUGCUCGUGCUAAAAAAGAAAAACAGAAAACCAUUCUUGCAAACAAGAAAAAGAGAUUUCAAGAAGCGAUUGAAGAGAGAGAUCACUUUCAACAAUCUUUAGAAGAUACAAAAAUUUAUUAUAAAGAAGUAAUACAACAACUUCGAACUAAAGAGAAUACUAUUGAAAAUGAAAUUGAAAAGAGUCUGAUUGAACGUAGAGAGCUCAUAGGAAAUACCGAGGAAACGCGGGAAUUACUGAAUGACAAAAAGAAUGAAUCAAAUGAAAAAAUAGAAGAUAGAAAAAUGCAGAAAACUAUUAUGGUGGAAUCAAACAAUUUGAUUGGUACAGUACUGGAAGAUGCGGCAGGGGCUAAAGCUGAAAGAGAAAAACUCAAGAAAAAAAUUGCAGCUGUUCUUGAAGACAGAGAUCUCACCAGGAAAAGCUAUUCAAGGGAAAUUGAAAAGUUGAAUGAAUAUUUAGACAAAGAAUCAUCCACAAGGCAAGAAAUAGAAGCAGAAUAUGAACUUUCCUUAGAAGACUUAGAUCGAGAAGAAAGACAACAGACUGAAUUUAUGGAAGAAAACAAAACAAUAAUGGAAUCAUUCAUUGCGAAAAAAGAACUUUUGAAACGAACUCAAAAUGAAACUCAAGACGGGGAACACGAUUAUAGAGUUAGAAAAUCAAAAAUAGAAGAUGAAAUUGAAAUGAGUAACAGAUACUAUGAAAUUACCAUCGUGGAGUUAAGAAACGAAAUAGAACAAGCUAAGAUCAGAGUUCAAAGUACAAAGGAACUAGUUGCCAUCUUACAAGAGAAAACUGCAUUAAUAGAACCCCUAUUCUUGCAAACUAAAGACGAGUUUCGUAAUUCUAAAAAAGAACAUGAUGAAGCAAGAGAUAAAACAGUGGAAUUGAAUAGAAAAUAUAAAGAUAUGUGCGAUGAAAGUGAACGAAGCGUCAUACAAACAGUCAAUUUGGAGAAGGAAAAAAAGAAGCUUCAACAGGAGCUAGAGGAAGUCAAUCAUGAAGUUAUUCAAGAAAUCCAAAAUCUAGAUGACGUCAGUUUAGUUAAUCUUGAUCUUCACAAAGAAAUGAAGCAGCAUGAUAAAUUAUUCAGAGAAAACAACUUGUUUUCAAACGCUUGUGAAAAGCUAAGGGCUAAAGUAGAUGACGAGAAAACAAAAAUUGAUCACACCGAGAAAUGCCUUUCACAAAUGGAGGCUUCUCAAGAAAACAUUCAACAAAAGUUAGUCCAACUAAUCGUAGAAGAAAUGGAAUUAACAGAUUUGGCAAGAGAAAGAGAUGAGGAAUUGAUAGAUGACAUAGCUGCCAAAAAGAACUUUUCAGAUAAUCGACGUCGUAUAUUGGAAGGAGUUACAGAUAAGAUGUCACGUGUUUUGAGUUCUAUAGAAAAAUUGCAAUCGGAGGAUGUAUCUGCAAGAAAAAAACUUAAUAUAUAAUUGUUUUGACAUUUUGUAUUUGCUUGCAUUUUUUAUUACUUGAAUAAAUCUUCUAAAGACUUUGA